AUGGAACCACCAUUAAAGAAAUCAAAACGAAAUACAGAUUUUAGUAUACGUUCAUUAAUUGAUUGUUCACAGAAUGAUAUUCAACAUUCCUCAUCACAUACAACCAGUCCAUCGAAAUCAACAAGUAAUGAAAGUCUUCAAUAUUCACCAUCAUCUUCUGGUGGUGGUGAUGGUAGUAGUAUUCUUGCACGAUUAUCUUGGAAUCAUAAUAAUAAUAAUACUCAACCACAUUGGUUACCAGAUGCAGAUAUUAUUGAUAAAGCACGUAAUAAUGAAUUACCCAGGAUUAAUGCAAAAGCCUGUUCAUUACGUAAACAUAAACAAAAUCGUAAACCACGUACGCCAUUUACAACAUCACAAUUACUUGCAUUAGAAAAGAAAUUUCGUGAUAAACAAUAUUUAACUAUCGCUGAACGAGCUGAAUUUUCAGCUUCAUUAAAUCUUACCGAAACACAAAUUUGGUUUCAAAAUCGACGAGCUAAAGAAAAACGUAUAGCUGAAGCUGAUACAGAAAAAUAUCGUUUUCUACAAUUAAAACAUCCAUUAGCUGUUGCUGCUGCUAAUGUUCUUCAUCAUCAUCAACAACAACAUCAUCAUCAUCAUUCAUUGUACAAUUUUAUUUCACCAGCAACAACAACAUGUUCAUCAUAG